UCUCUAGUGCUCGGGCGUCCGGCGAUGCAGAAAUUUGAAUGGGAGCCCGUUUAUCGCAGCGCCCAAAGAUAGCGUGGGAGAGCUCAGGCGACGUUCGAGUUGUCAACGGCAUGUCGAUGAGAGAUCGGCAUGUCCGAGAUACACUAUAGUUUAUAUGGCCAAAUUGGCUAUCCACCGUUCUGAUGUCUCCCUGCGAGUUUGCGCAGGCAAGUGAGUCUCCGGCGUCGUAUGGGCUCGCCAACAGGCACGCGUUCCUCGCUUAACGCACCAAUCGCCCAAAGCCCAGAGUGACGCCCCCUCUCCCUAUAUAGCUCCCAAACAUCCUACUCAUGUAGCUCUUCGUCCUCUAUUGACUUCCUCCCCUUCAUUCCCUUUAGCUUUCCAUUUCGGCAGGACUCGCCAGCAUGAGUGGGACCGGCACCAGCCUCGACGUGUCGGUCGUACGGUACUUCUACCUGAAGCAGGUCACAUCGUACUCUACCACUUCUUCGAUGCUCUUGCUCCUGCAUGAUUUUUUGUCAUCUUUUAACCAAGAAGUGGAGCUCGUAUGGCUCUCGCCAUGGUCGCCGCCGAAAAUUGUAUACCUCGUCAACCGUUAUUCCUCGAUCAUAAUGGGUAGCAUAUACUUGAUCACGCUUUUUUUUGGUGCGCAUACUCCCACGAGGUGUAUGGUCCUUGGAGCUAUGGGCGGCUGGCAAUCUUGGAUCAGCACCACUCUGGUGCAAGUAGUCCUACAGACUUGGUUGUAUGCUAUAUACAAUCAUAAUCGCCGGCCCUUGUAUAUUAUCAGCGCCAUUUCUGCUCUCCUCAGCGGCGCGGUAAUAGUAAGCCUCAUGCAUUAUGCUUUUAAGCUCCGCUUCAUCAUGUCCUACCCAAUUUGUGUCCAAGCAUUUGCUUCCAGUUCCGGUGCCGGAGAUGCAAGCGCUUCUCUAGGGAUCAAAGUCGACCUCGACAGCACGACCAAAUUUUCGCCGUGGUUGCUGGCUAUUUACUUGACAUGGAUGAUAUUCACGAUAUUUCUUCUGGUGCUUAUUGCGUACAAGGUGUGGCGAACCUUCCGGCAACAGGUCCUCACGCUCGUGGGGCCUGGUGACGAAGGCGGAAGCCUCGCCCGUAUCCUUCUUCGUGACUCACUCUGUUAUGGAGGCAUCAUCUUCGUUCUCGUACUUAUGAAUAUGGCGAUGACCAUCUUCGCGCCCACUGCCCUGUACCAAGUCGGCUACGGUUUCAGCGACGUCCUGCCCUGUAUCCUGAGCUCGCGGAUUCUGCUCAACCUCCGCGGGUGGGAGAAGUACAAAGAAGCCCGGGCAAAUCUACAGGACGUGCGUCUCAGCGAGUGGCCGACCAUGUUCCACUUGACAGAAAUCUCUCACCUCACGGACUCAACCGCCUGAAUACAUUUUGGUAUUUUUCGCGUUCUCCGCGUUCUUCACGCCGUCACUUCGUGCCUCAUCUCCGAGGCGGUCCCGCACGGUGUAUGCACCUUCCGGUAGUAGCGAGCCGCAUCAACCGGGUGGUGCAAUGCAUCGUCCCGAUGCUGUCCCGCAUGCGGUGCUGUCCAUGCGAUCGCUACCAAGCCUGCAGCGCAGUCCGGGACGGGGACUACAACAGCUCUCCCCGCGGACAUCGACGCCACUUCCAAGUACACGAGCGACGCCGAAACGCAGCUCCGACGGCCAUUAGCCUCCCAGCCGCGAUUAGUGGCAAACCCUAAGCGACGUUCCCGGGCGGGCGCGGUGCCGCCAAUCUCCCUGCCCAGGUAGUGCCCCUCGCGGAAAAGGGUAUUUGGGCAAGAGAUUCCACUGGAGCGGAGGUCACGGUGGCGAGCAGGAGUGCAGGCAUAGUCGCGAGUAGAUGGAGCGCCGGGGUCAGUCAAGUGUGUAAUUUUUUGUCUUCGCGCUUCAUUUCC